AUGGCCGCGCCCACACGGCCGCAUGACCCUAGUAAAGACGGGACAAUUACUGACUUAACAGUGAUAAAUUUUACAAAUGUUGUGAAUGAAGUGUUAGGAGAAAAGAAUGGAAAUCGAAAAUAUCAAGCUCCACUUGUUAUUGAUGGAAUACCCAGGUUUCCGAUGCACAAACAAGAGGUCAUGAUCUCCAAGUUCUUCGAAAGUUGCAGCUUCAAGUUUUGUGCUAGUGGAGUCAUGGGGUUUGCACUAGGAGGAGUUUUUGGUUUGUUCACUGCAUCAAUUGAUCCAAUGUCAACCAUGUCCACGGAAACACCAACCACAAGGAUGGUGUUACAGGAGAUGAAAGCACGGUCCUGGAGCUACGGAAAAAACUUUGCAGUUGUUGGAGCUAUGUUUGCUACUACAGAAUGUCUAAUUGAAUCUUACCGAGGGAAGACUGAACUUAUCAAUGGUACAGUGUCUGGAGGAAUUGUUGGUGGGGUACUUGGCAUUAGAGCUGGACUCAAAGCUGGUGUGAUAGGAUCUCUUGGGUUUGCAGCCUUCUCAACUGUAAUAGACUAUUACAUGAGACAUAUGUGAUGCAAGGCCAAAACCUAGGAUUGUAGCCUUCUCACCUAUUUACAACUAUAGAUAUGCUAGGAGUUUACUGGACAUGGGAUUUAACUGAAUGAAGUGGUUGGUUUUAAAAUCUCAACAGAGUUGCGUGAAUAUGUCUUUAAAAUUGGAGAUGAAGCGCUGAAAUCAGUUUAAGUGUUCACUUGAUCAAACAACAUAGUUAUUCUGUUCAUUUUCGAUGAGAAAAAGUGUUUUGCAAAAUUGCAUAUCUUUUUACAGAAUUAUUUCACUUUUAAUCGUUUUCAUUAUAAAGAUAUUGUUACAAUCCUAUCUAAUUUAUUCAUCAGGGUAUUGGUUACUGAAUACGACACCCAUGAAAAUAUUAGUUACUAAGAUUUCACUGGUUGCUAAGAAAACCUUUUUUCCAAAUUGGUAACAUUAUCAACCCUGUCAAAUUUUCCAUUAUUGUAUUGACAGAUUAGGGUAUCAUACCAAAUAUUUUCUUGAAAACGUCUGAUUAUUGCGAAUUUUUAAAACAUUCUAAUUAUUUAUCCACUUCAUGUAAUUACCUUCACACAAAAGGUUACAUUUCUUUUAGCCAUCAGGAUAUCUGAGAAAAAAAGGCUAGAAAGCAUGAGUUGAUAUUUGUUUCAUUUUGUACAGAAUUUUAGUCCUAUUACUUGGAUUGUGUGUGGAUGUAAUGUAUGAAUAAGAGUAAAUGUGAUAUUUCUUAUGUUAAGUAUUUGAAAGAUUUUGUUU